UAACAUUCAACCAUCAUGGUUUCUGAGUAAGAACCGAUAUAGAUCAAUUAUCUCUCAAUCCCAUAAUGGAGACGUCGACAUUAGGGUAUGUGAAUACUUUAUUAGAUCGAGAAUCAUAUGACAAUACUAGGAAAAGGGAAAUCGAUAUGAUUCAUAAAUUGAUAAUUUCCAAUCGAGGCCAUCAAGUUCCUUCACCGCUUCCGGUUGUUGAUCGUGUCGUUGUUGCCAUAUGUCGUCGCCGUUAUUAUCGAGCAUCUCUGUCCCACCAGAUACCUCUUAUCCCCUUUCCACAGCGACGACAUCGUCGAGCCUUCAAACCACCGGUCAGAUUCAACAUUGUGACUUCUGCCUCAAGACUUACGCCAUCGGCUUCCAUCUUUCCCUGUUAUUCAUCUAAUUCAACCAAACAUUCUUCUUAA